AGACAAGGAAGGAUGAGUGGUGGGAGUGAGUGAGUUGUGUCAGCGGUCGACGGGACUCGCCCAUUUAUGUGCAUUUGAAACCUAUGUUUCACGAUCAAAAUGAUACUUCUCGAGAUCAAUAAUAGGAUAGUCGAAGAAACCCUUUCACACAAAAUUAAAAACGCUUUAGCAGGGAACAAGCCAGAAUCAACCGAAAUUCUUGCAGCUGACUUUGAUGGCGUCCUUUUCCACAUCACAAAUGUUGGAGGUGAUAAAAAUAAAGUCAGGGUUAGUAUUUCUCUCAAGUUCUACAAGCAACUCCAAGAGCAUGGGGCUGAUGAACUGCUGAAAAGAGAAUAUGGCUCUCUCUUAAUUGACCCUGAAGAUGGAUACAAUGUAUCUGUUCUUGUGGAUCUAGAAAAUAUUCCCCAAGAUUGGGAGGAAAUGGUGAAAAAGAUUGGUCUUCUUAAAAGAAAUUGUUUUGCCUCAGUAUUUGAAAAAUACUUUGAGUUUCAAGAACUAGGUGAAGAAGGCCAUAAAAGAGCUGUUAUCAAUUACCGAAAUGAUGAAACAAUGUAUGUGGAAGCCAAAGCAGACAGAGUGACUGUUGUAUUCAGUACUAUCUUUAAGGAUAAGUCAGACGUUGUGAUUGGCACAGUUUUUAUGCAGGAGUUUAAAGAAGGUCGCAAGGCUAGCCACACAGCCCCUCAAGUAUUAUUCAGUCACCGGGAGCCUCCUAUGGAACUUGCUAACUCUGGAGCUCGUGUAGGAGAGAAUAUUGGCUACAUUACUUUUGUUUUGUUUCCAAGGCACACUAACAGGACAACCAGAGAUAACACAAUUAAUUUGAUACACAUGUUCAGAGAUUACCUUCAUUACCACAUUAAAUGCUCGAAAGCUUACAUCCACUCUCGAAUGAGGGCAAAGACUUCUGAUUUCCUCAAAGUUCUGAACAGAGCUAGACCUGAGCCCAAAAAUGUGGAAAAGAAGACUAUAACGGGGCGAACAUUUAUUAGAAAAGAAUAGACUAAUGAAGACUUUUAUUCUGUUCGUUGAAUGGUGGAGAUUCUGCGUAUCGUCUUGCAGUGUUUACAGCUAGCUGUGAUAGUAGCGCUCCCCGCACAAAGACCUGCCAUAUGAGACCAUUCAUCUGCAUUUAAGGUGGCCUACACCUAGUUUGAGCUUUGUUUUUAAUUAACAUCUCCAAAACCCAGUUGUUAUUACUAUUAUUAUUAUUAUUAUUAGCCUCAAUAUUAUACAUAGAUUGUUAUUUGGACUAUUAUUUCUUAUUUAGUACUGUACAUGAUGUCUUCUGUUCAUAACUUUAUACAUACCCAAACUGUGAACUACACGCUAAAGAUGGCGUUAAGCACUAGCAUUUCGCCUCUAUACAGUGUGACUUUGUUCCCCAGUAGUAAUCUUUAAAUCAAGUGUGAUUGUUAUUGCCGUGGGUCAUUUUUAUCAAGUCUGUUUAGUAAACCCGGAUUCUUGAACCUACUUUGUCAAUCAUGUCAACAUGCUAUUCCAUAUGCAUUCAUGAAAAUAUUUAUGACUGGUCACUUUCCCCUUGCAUUCUUCUAUGUUUCAGAACAGUUUUGUGACGUUAGGUUAUAGUUGGUCUAUUUUUGUACUAUAGUGAACACUAUGUAUUGUGUCAAUAUUUACUUAUUCUGACCUCCCCAUGUUUGCAAUCCUUAGAUAAAUUCCCAUAGUUGUGUUCAUGCAAUUAGGCACUUUCUUAAGCCAGGAUGAAAAUGAUUUCUGUAAACCAAUCACUUUUUAAUUUUAAAGCUUUUUUUUCUUACUUGCAUUAUUUGAGCUUAACUUUUUGUAUUAUUUGUAGUUAUUGACUUUCUCCUAGUCUAAUUCUUCUUCCUUUUUUUUUUUGUUAAUGUUAAUACUAUUCAUUUCAAAUACUUCUGCCUCAAAUAUUCUGAGCAAUUUGCCUCUAUGCAGCAUCAACUUUGUUUCAUUAAAGGCAAAGAUCUUUUUUACCUUUUUUUAAAGUUAUUAAAUCAAGUUUGUGCUUAGAGUGAUUAUCAUCUGGCCCUAUGACAUUGUGUGUACAUAUGUGUACAUGUUUAUAUAGAAAGGGUUAGAUUAAAUUUGUUAAAUGUGAUUGAUCAUUUACUAAUGAUUCUUGUGGUCUUGUUCUUUUACACCUAUUAUGCCUACUUUUCAUAGUGAAAACUAUGUUCCAGGGCUUCACUAACACAUUUCCAAUGUGAAUUACUCGGUGACUCACAAUUUAAUCAUGCUGGUCUUUGUCGGCCCCUUGGCAAAGUACCAAAAAAAAAUGUCUUCCUGUACGUUUUUUUUUAAAUGUUGACAUUUUAAUUGAA